UGCUUUCGCACUGAGGGGGCCCGGCUCAGGCUCUGAGGGCGCAGGGCCCCGGGAGCCGGUGCUGGGGUGGAGUGAGGGCGUUUGUGGAGAACCCGGGGGGUUCGGCCUGCCCCGGGCAGGGCUGGGAAGUCAGGGCAGUUGCCUGGGCUGUCGUGUUCCAGAAGUGACUGAAAAUCAGGGCCCUGGGGUGGGCACUGACCCAUAAAGUGUGGGGCAGGACACCUGGUUAGGGCAGGACCCCUUAUACUGAAAGGUUUGAAAUACAAAUUCAACAAAAUGAGAGCAGUUUAUGUUCGGCCUUGAGCAUGAGGACAGGCUGGGUCACCUCAGGCCCCUUUGCACCUGGGCAGUUGUGGACUAAAAGUGUUCUGGUACCUUUGGCGUAGCUCUGGGACAUUAAAAUGGAUUUUUCUUCAGGCUAUGCACUCGGUAACAUGAGGCCUGAAUUUUAAAACGGUUUAAUUAUUUUGGUACAAGCUUGCAUAUGGCUCUCUUGCCAGAGAACUAGUGAAAUUACAUGUUGCACAAAGCCAGGGAGUGAAAACUGAGCAAAUGGGAUUUUGUGUAUAAACACUAUUUGGAAUAGUGCCUUAAAAUGUUUAACUUCAGUGGUUGACUAACACUCGCAUUAGAAGUAAUCUUUGACAAAUAAUCAACACUACCCGCCUCUCAAGAUGGCCUAGGUUUACCCUAACAAGUUCUGUAGACACAAUUUCUUAGGGGCGAGUUAUUUAUUUUAACAGUGUUUUGCUGAUAGAACUAACCUAGUACAAAUAUGGCUGAGAGGCAGAAAGUGUGACUUCACUGAUACUGUUUAAUUUGCUUCCCGAAGCAGUAUCAUCUGCACAGGCAUUUCUGUUGGUAGAGCUGUCUGCGCGGAGAGGCUGCUCCAGCCUACAGCCGUGGUAGGAAACCUUUUAAGUGCAGAUAAGUCUCUGCUGUGUUAGAAGCCAAUGACACACCCUGUCAUUUACUGCACGCGCUACCGCAGUGUUUCUGCCCUCUGUCAUCCUUUAGAAUUCAUUUGUGCUCUGGGAGUAGCAUUAUUAAGGGAUGGACUUCUUUUUUUUUUUCCCCCUCUCUUUUCUUUCCCUCAACCCUACCUUAAAAUGACCAGCCUGGACCGUGUUGGUAUUUUUCCGCAGCCUCCAAGGCAUUUCUAUGGUGGAAGCAUCCAAAAUACUGCCCCAGAAACUUUAAUGAGAAGCGCAGCUAACAGUGUGUCGUUGUGGGAGCAGUUGCAGGAUACCUCGUUCCACCAGAGCUCCGCCAGUCACCUUCUCAGCGCGAACUAAGCUUAAGGAAGAGGAGUUGCUUGAACUGAAAUACAUUUAACUGGAGAAAACGUCACUGUCCAAGCAGGAGCAGCUCUGACUGCCUCUGAGUUCUGCUGGUGGCAAUGUCUCACUGGACUGGUCUCCUCUCCACCGCUGCCAAAGUCAACCUGCUGGUCUUGGUGGUUUCUGUGGUGUUUUCCCGGUCAAGCCUAAGCGACAGAGUUCCCGAAUUUGCCCUUACAAAAAUAGAAGAGAGCGACAUAAAAGAUGACAGCGGGAGAGAGCCGAUAACAGAAGAUGAUGGUGAUCCUGAAGACCUGGAAGUGUUUUACCCAACACAUCAGUGGCAAACCCUCCGUCCAGGUCAGGCCGUUCCUGCAGGGUCACACGUACGAUUAAAUCUGCAGACGGGAGAGAGAGAAGCCAAGCUCCCAGAUAGUGAAAAUGGAAAAAGUGACACGAGAGAAGAGAGAAGAAGAAAAAGGCUGGGCAAGGUGGAUGUUGACUCAAAUUCAUUCACGUCCCAAGAGCUCAAAAAAGCGUUGGCUAAAAUGAAGGAAAGCGAGAAGGCAGAAAGAAAGGCUCACGAGGAAGAGGUGAGGAAGAAGUUCCGGCCCAUAGAGCAGCUGAAGGAGGAGUUUGAAAAGCUGAACGUGAAGAUGGAAACAGAUUAUGAAAUUAUGGUUAAAUUAAUCAGCAAAUUCAACAGCUCUGCCUCCACGCUGGAUGAAAAAGUAGCGGCGCUUUAUGAUCUUGAAUAUUAUGUUCACCAGGUGGACAACGCGAAGGACUUCCUCUCCAUGGGGGGUCUCCAGCUUCUGAUCGACGGGCUGAACAGCACGGAGGCCGCGCUGAAGGAGCAUGCUGCCUUCGUCCUGGGAGCCGCGCUGUCCAGCAACCCCAAAGUCCAGAUAGAAGCAAUCGAGGGCGGCGCGCUGCAGAAGCUCCUGGUCAUUCUGGCCACAGAACAACCCCUGGCUGUCAAGAAGAAGGCUCUCUUCGCCCUGUCCUCCAUGCUGAGACACUUCCCUUACGCCCAGCAGCAGUUCCUCAAGCUGGGCGGCCUCCAGGUCCUCAGGAGCCUCUUCAGGCAGAAGGGGAUGGAGACCCUCUACGUCCGUGUGGUGACGCUCCUCUACGACCUCAUCAUGGAGAAGAUGCUGCUUGAGGACUCGCAGCACGGAGAUCAAAUGGAAGAGAAAAUCCAGCAGUACCGGCAAGUCAAGCUGGUCCCGGCGGUGGUGGAGCAGGACUGGUGUGUGGUUGUUUCCAACCUGCUGGCCAUGCCGGAGCACGACACUCGGGAGAAGGUCCUCAAGACGGUUGGUGUGCUGAUGGCCUUCUGCAAGGAGCGCUACCGGGGGGACCAGGCCCUCAGCACCACCCUCAGCCUCCUGCGCAGCGAGUACGAGGAGCUGGCGGCGGAGGAGCAGAGGGAAGGUGACAAAGACGGCUAUUUCAAGGAACUCCUUGGCUCUGUAAAUACCAUCAUCCAGGAAUUAAGGUGAAACUAGCUGUAGAUCCAGUUCAGUUCCAGAUCAAUUCAAUGCCCAAGGGUGAGUUUUGAUGGCACCGAUGUAAAUGCACUUUUGAAUAAACUGCUGGGCUGAAUGAGA